AUGGAAUUUUCCAACAAUUUUACACUGACUCGUCACACUAAGGCGGUCAAUGUAUUGGCUGUAAGCAAGCUUGGAGCAUUGCUCCUCACCGGGGGCAAUGAUGGUUGGGUUGUCCUGUGGAGCCUCACAUCAGGGGAAAUGAUUCAAGAAAUAUAUUCACCAGCGGCGGGAUAUAUCAGUGCAAUUACCUGGACGGACAUGGAUGAUCGCGGAGAAACCAUGUUUGCAUUUGGGGCAUCCGACGGUAACAUCCAAAUGUAUGAAAGAAUUAAUGAUGCACUCUUUGAAUUCUGGAGUACUACCAUUGGUCACUCAGGCGCAAUCGAGUCACUUGCAUGGGAUCCCAAUUAUUGCAGACUGGCAAGUGCUGGUGACGGUCACCCACAGGUUUGGAACCUGACACCAGACAAGACAUUCACGUCGAUGGUCUCACAGCCCGAGAAGCAGGCAUAUGUUGCACGCACUGUUCACUUUUAUGACAAGGGUGCUUCUUUGUUGGUGUCAUACCUGGAAAGUGGUGACAUAUUUUGUUAUUCAAUAGAGUCCUUGGGAUCUCAAAUGGCACAAAAAAGUGUCAAGCAGGAUCACUGUUUCAGCGGCAAUACUGCUCUUGAUGGCAACUACUUGCUCUCCUUCAACCAUGUAAUCUUGCACAAUGUUCCUUUGCAAAUUUCUGUUGCUCGACAGUCGGGGUUACUAUUUGUUGGCGGUGACGAUGGUUUUGCUCGAAUUUUUGAUUACACCACGGGUGCAUACCGUGGACAGUUGGACCAUGGUAAUCAUGGCGAUUGCAUCACACCUGUAGUAUCUCACGAAGGACACUCAAGGUGUGUUGUUGUCACCGGCACCUGCCUUAACGGGCACAGUAGCGUGAAGGUGUGGGGGGAGGAUGAUGUGAUGUUAAAGGAGCAUGCAACAUCCCUUCCAUCCUCAUCCCCAUUGACCACACUUCAAUUGAUUCAAUUUGCCAUCAUCUGCAUUCUUGUGAACGUUCUCAUGCAUGCCCUGCAAUCAGGCGCUUUUUCCACUCUUUACAUACUACUUCAACAUGUACAAAUCCCUGUUGUCUGGACGUAA